AUGAAACUAGCACAGAAUUUCGUCUCGCUUGCCAAAGGCGAAAUACAGGGUUUCAAUUCAGAGCAACAAGCCCAUGACGAUCCCGAUUCAACAGCCAUGCAUUCUUUUUUAAACUCCAAAUAUGAUUCCAUCACUUUAAUAGGAAUUGAAGGUUAUGGAGUGUAUUCAGCAAUAGACAAAAACACAAGACUCCCCAAAACUCUCAAAAUAACUCCAAUGACCAAUGUAGUACUACUACAGGAAUAUAUGCGUCUUCAAUGGAUGCCUCAUCCCAAUAUUGUGAGCAUACAUCCUACGUUUGCGCCAGGAGUGUCUUCACGAGUUUGUUUGGAAUUGGAAUCCAUGAAGAACAAUUUAAAAUCCUCGUUUCUUGAUUCCCUUGUAAAAUUACCAGAGAACUUGUUGAAAAGUAUUACUCUUCAAAUUUGUUCAGCAUUAUUGUAUUUACAACAACACCAGUUCAACAAGUUGAUUUAUGGAUCUGUUCAUCCUUCUAAUAUACUGGUACGAGAAUAUAAUUUGCAGAAUGAGACCAUUCAAGUGGCAUUAUGUGUUGAAAAGAAUUUAAAGACAAGCAGCAGUUCAGAUGCCAUUGCAUCUCAAAUAUAUUGCGCACCAGAGCUCAAAUUGAAAGCUGUCUCCUCUGUAGAGAGUGAUAUGUUUUCUCUUGGAGCACAAUUGGUUCAAUUCAUGGCCAUACACACUUCUUGUCUUGGCAUGUUUGAUUCAAUAGGAGAAAGCAUCAGUGAAUAUAUCACAAACAGUGAAUUAAAAGAUCUUGGAGGAGGCUAUUCGAGAGAAUUUAUUGACUUGGUGACUAAAAUGGUACAUGAACAACCAACAGAGAGAAUUUCACCUCAAGAAGUGAUAACAAUUCUUAGUCGUCCUAAUAUUGAACAAGAUUCAAGAAUGUCAAACAUGUAUAUUGAACAAGAUUCAAGAUUGGCAAAUAUAUCAUUUGCAGGAAAUAUAGUUACUACAUACAAUGAUGGAAUUGUGACCUCGAAUAGCAUCUCGCUAAAAACCAAUGUCUCAGUCAUUGAAGAAAUAAUCCCAGCACAAUAUUCCCAUAUUGAACAUAUUUCUAAAGGUGGAUUUGGAGUGGUGUACAAAGCGUUUAAUCUUCAGAAACAAAAAGAACUUGCAGUCAAAGUGAUCCAUAUUCAAGACAGUUCAAGCUUCAAUUUGGCAUUUCAAGAAGCAUUGAACAUGACAAAAUUGACACAUCCUAAUAUUGUUCCCAUGUAUCAUGCAUUCACCCCUGGAAACACGUCAGCCAUUUGUAUCGAAAUGGAGUUGAUGAAGGGAAGUUUGUAUUCAUUGUUCAUAGCAAAGAAGGUAAUGUUAUCUGAGAAAAUGUUACAACAAAUUGCCAAGCAAGUAUGUGAAGCACUGAGUUGGAUUACUGAAAAACAGUUACUUCAUAGAGAUAUCAAGCCAGGAAAUAUUUUAGUGAAGGAUUUCAAUUUGGAACAGGAGACCAUUCAAGUAGCGUUGUGUGAUUUUGGAUUAGCAAAAUCUAUGAAUGACCUAACACACAAUACUGUACCAGGAACGCAAGCCUUUCUAGCUCCAGAAUUACUUGACAAGACCUAUGCCGAAAAUGGAAGGUUGUUUUCUCCUGCUAGUGAUAUAUUUGCUUUGGGUGUCACGUUUUAUCAAUUGAUGACGUUGGAUAGUGAGACUUUUGUUGGUGUGAAAUCCAUGAUUGAAAAAGAUGUGACUCAAUUUUUAAAGACUGCUCUGAUUGAGCAUAACAGCCAGUGGCAAAUGUAUUCAGCACGUUUUACUCAAUUAGUUGCUUCCAUGUUGCAAGCACAUCCAUCGAAAAGAAUUACAUCUCAAGAUGCUAUAGAAAUGCUUUCGCGUUUAGAGUCUACUCGGCCGAGUGAAUCGUGCUGUCAGAUUUGCUAG